GGGUUCAUGGAUGGGAAGGAGCUACAAAACUUCAUCCAGGAGCUGCAGCAGGCACGGAAGAAGGCAGGCUUGGAUUUAACACCUGAAAUGAAAGCUUUUGUGGACCAAUAUGGGAAGACUCCUGAUGGAAAAAUAGGAAUAGUUGAGCUUGCUCAGAUAUUGCCAACGGAAGAGAAUUUCCUGUUGUUCUUCAGAUGCCAGCAGCUAAAGUCAAGUGAAGACUUCAUGCAGACAUGGAGGAAAUAUGACAGCGACCACAGCGGAUUCAUUGAUUCCGAGGAACUUAAGAGCUUCUUGAAAGAUUUAUUACAGAAAGCAAAUAAGCAGAUUGAAGACUCAAAGCUAACAGAAUACACAGAAAUAAUGCUCAGGAUGUUUGAUGCAAACAAUGAUGGAAAGUUGGAGCUUACUGAACUGGCCAGACUACUCCCUGUACAGGAAAAUUUUCUUAUUAAAUUUCAGGGUGUCAAAAUGUGUGCAAAAGAAUUCAAUAAAGCCUUUGAGAUGUAUGAUCAAGAUGGCAAUGGCUAUAUAGAUGAAAAUGAACUUGAUGCCCUACUGAAGGAUCUUUGUGAAAAGAACAAAAAGGAAUUAGACAUUAACAACCUUGCGACAUACAAGAAAAGCAUCAUGGCCUUGUCUGAUGGAGGAAAGCUUUACCGAGCAGAAUUGGCUCUUAUUCUCUGUGCUGAGGAAAACUAGAGCUCUUCUAUCAUGUCCACUUAACUAGUGAUGUACUCUACAGAAUAACUGUGCACUAUAAGGGAGUAGGCUGUAUUUUUAAACUGCAUAUAGAAAAUUAGCCAGGAUGUGUGGCACAUUCCUUUCAGUUUGUUUCUAUACUGUUUGUAAUGUACAGUUUUUGUAACAAUAAGAUUGACAAAGAGAAUGUCUAUGUUUGGGUCAGUCCGUAUAUUCAAAAAGAAACUAAAAUAUGUCAGGGUUGGGUUUGGUUUUAGUUGGACUUUUUGCUUUCAUAAACACGGCUGGAGAAAAAUUAAACCUGCUGACAUUGCUGUGGUCAUCAUAUCCUUUGACACUUGCAACAUUUCUUGUUGAACAACAUAACAAAAAGAUCUACAGAUAUCUUUCCCAUCACAACUAAAUGUGGGGUUUUUAAAAUACAAAACAGGAGUUCAGAUUAAGUAUGAUCUAGAGCUGAUAUAGGAGAGAGUGUCAUGUCCAUUUUCCAAAAUUUCACAAGGUACUAAGAAAUAUUUUCAGUUGUCAAACCACACACUUACAGGUCUGUGCUCUCUGCAGUUUUACAAUUACUCUUCUCAUUAUGAAUUCAUAGCAUAUAGACAAAGCAUUUAUCUGGAAUAGAUCUCCAUGUAGUAGUUGAUAAAAAUAUAGUGUUUUCAAUCUAGAUGUUUUACUGAAAUUAAAUAUAGGCACUUCAGAAAUAAAUGCCUUUAAUCUGUCUUGGAAUCCUGGCUAAAUGACAGGUAGUAUAGUUAAUACACAGAUUAACACGAUAUUAUAAGUGUACCUUUCAUGACUAUUGCUGUGUCAGAGAAUAUGACAAUCCAUUUUCUAAACUAUUUUCACAUUUUGCAGGUUAUAAUUAUUCUAGUAAAUUGCUGUUUUUACAUCAUAUUCUGUGUAAUCUAUAAUUAAAUUUAAUAUCCUAAGAUU